CGAAUCGAAUCUGAGGAAAGUAUACCGUCUUAAUAAAUAGCAAUGGAUUGUCUGUCGACAGUUUUGUGGCUAGUGAUUGGAUUCCUAUCGGCCAUUUUCUGGUUUUUUAAGAAGAGGUAUGCAUACUGGAAAGAUCGUGGUGUUGAAUAUGUUCAGCCCACGAUACCAUUUGGAAAUUUACCAUUUCGGAGGAAAGUGCAUAUCAAAGAAAUCAUUGGCAAUAUUUAUGAUAAAAAAAGUGGAAAAAACCCCUUCCUUGGAGCGUUCUUCUUUGCGACGCCUGUCGUUGUGCCCACGGAUUUAGAUUUCAUUAAAAGUGUUCUCAUAAAAGACUUUAACAGUUUUCACGGGCGUGGAAUUUACUUCAAUCAGACAAACGAUGCACUAUCGGCAAAUAUGUUGUCCCUGGAUGGAGAAAAGUGGAAAUCUUUGCGAGCCAAACUAUCACCAACAUUCACUUCUGGGAGAAUGAAAUUCAUGUUUCCGACAGUUGUCAAAGUUGCUGAUCGAUUCAAUGCUAGUCUAGCUGAUUUGUUAGAAGGAAGUGCGACAUUGGAGAUGAAGGACUUAUUGGCACGAUUUACAACUGAUGUGAUUGGAACCUGCGCCUUUGGUAUCGAAUGUAAUAGCAUGAAAACACCUAAUUCCGAAUUUCGUCGAUACGGUUCAAGAGCCCUCGAUGAUCCCCCCAAUUCUACGCUACUUCAACUACUCAGUUUUCAAUAUCCAAACAUAGCAAAAAAGUACUUUCAUAUGAGAGUAUUUAAAAAGGAUGUGAGUGAUUUCUUCAUGAAUACGGUACGUGAAACCAUCGCCUAUCGUGAAAAGAAUAAUGUGCGACGUAACGAUUUUAUGGACUUAUUAAUUCAGUUGAAAAAUGGAGGCUCUCUAAAAGAUGAGCAUUCAAAAACGCUUGGAAAACUAACUAUUGAAGAAGUUGCUGGCCAGGCUCUCUUAUUUUUCCUAGCCGGUUUCGAGACGUCGUCUACUACAAUGAUGUUCGCUUUGUAUGAACUGUCUUUGAAUCCUGAUAUUCAGGAGAAGGGUCGUCAAGAAAUAGAGGAGGUUCUGAAUAAGCACGAUGGGAAGAUAACUUACGAAAGUAUAAAAGAAAUGGUUUACAUAGACAAAAUUAUAAGCGAAACUUUACGGAAAUACCCGGCAGCACCGAUUUUAUUUCGCAAUUGCACCCAGGACUUCAAUGUUCCAAAUUCUGAUGUAAUCAUAGAAAAAGGCACACGCGUGGCAAUUUCAGCUUACUCGAUUCAUCAUGAUCCCGAAAUUUAUGAAAAUCCUGAAGUGUUUGAUCCUGAACGAUUUUCUCCAGAACAAGUUAAAAAUCGGCAUCCAGUAGCGUUCCUGGCCUUCGGUGAUGGACCAAGAAAUUGUGUUGGAUUAAGAUUCGGAAGAAUGCAGUCACGUAUUGGAUUGGUUAGCCUCUUGAAAAAUUAUCGCUUCAAACCAUGCGAAAAAACACCAACUUCAUUCGAAUAUGUGGAAGCAAAUCCCUUACUUUCAAUCAAACAAGGAAUGCAUUUGCUUGUUGAGAAGGUCUAGAUCGGAGAAUGCUGAAUUUCGUAUAAAAUUAAAACGUCGUUCGAAGAUAUAUAUGCUUGUAAAAAAUAACUGUUCUUGCACUUCACACUUCGUACACAAUUUUAAAGUUAGUUUACAAAAAUAAAUAAAAUAGUUUUGUUUGCUUAUCCAAGAACGCCGAUUUAUCCAAUUAUUUAGUCCAUUUUUGUUAUAUUUUCCAAACCCUUUGCUUUUACAAUAUUUCCUUUAGCGGACAAAUGCAAUGUGGCAGCGCUUUGCUACCAGAGGAAGUAUCCGUAUAUAUAUAUA